GAUUCGAUUCACCUGGCCCAGAUGAAAGUUGAUUGCAUUCGUUUUGGAACCGGGCUGGCUGCCCUUGGGCAUGAGGAACUGGGAACUCCGUGAAAAAAAAAAACUCGGAGUAAACAUCGGAGUUCUGGAAAGUAUUUCCGGUAUGGAAUUCCGAGUUGAAUGACCAUUCAAAACGAUGUUCCCAGUCGGAACUAUUUUCUUUCGCCGACUACCCAGUUGUCUGACUUGCCUAGUUAAAUGUUAAAUACAAGACGCAUUUAAAUCAGAAGUCGGAGAUUUCCGAGUUCCUAGUUGUUUUGAAUAGGGGAAAAUGCCCACGCUAAAUCGUGUCAAAACAAAAGUGACAUGUAAUUAAGCACAUGGAGUAAUGAACAGGAUUCUUAGUUUUUUCAAAGAACCCUUGAAAAAGGGUUCCUCUGUGUCCAUUAAUGGCAAGAAGGUGUGGGAUGGUGAAGUCCCUUCCAAAAGAUUUACUAAAACGCAGGCAGGCCUGCUGGAUCGGUGGCUUAGUACAAGCAGCGGGCCCCCAAAGGCCAAGAAGGAUCCCGGGAAAGUGACUGGGGAAUGGAUGAAGGAGAACAGCGCACUAGAAAAGGAGAAGAGUAAAGAGGCAGAGAUGAAGAAAAGCACUGUGAAAGAGGUGAUGGGGUCUGAACCAGAGAAAGACAGGAAAGAGCCUGUAUUCGUAACUCUGGAGGGUCGGCUGCUUGAUGGAGUGAAGGAAGAGGAGCCAGAGGUGAGAAACGGCGUGGAGGGGGACGAGGUCAGAGAGGAAGGUUCAAAGCAGCAGGACCAGGAGCAGACUAUCCUCUACUCAGAGAAGCUCGUGAGGGAUGAUGGCGUGCAGGAGGCUCCCUGUUCCCCCACAGAGGAGUCUGAGAAUAGUAACCCAGCACUGGGGCUAACAACAGAUACAUCUGAAGUACAGAAUCCAUCAGUCAAGGACAACAGGACAACAGACGAUAAAGCGAUUGUCCAUGUCCAGUUAGAACAGAUAGUGGAAAAGAUGAGCAUGGAAGAGUCAGUAACCAAGGCACAGGUGCAAAAACCGGAGUGGGAGAGCCAAACUGCAGCAGGACUAGACUUGAGCUCUUUUGUAGACCCACAUGCAAGCACUAGUGAAGUGCCUGCUGAGAUAUGGGAUCCUGGGCUGGACCUGGUCUCCCUUCUCUGUGAGGCAGAGGCCCAGACACAGCCAUGGGAGAGUAGGGCUCAGCCCCCACCCAAGGGCUGGCAUUUCCCCAUCGGCCCUGGCUUGAAAGAGGUGUUGUUCUGCCCUUCCACAGCUUUCCCAAGCAUGAGCUACUACCCACAUUCACUGGAGAGAGAGACCUUCGAAGUGGUGUGGAGGGUGUGGGAGGAACUCAGUGAGACCCACACAGCGCCAGAGCCUCUCCAAAGGCCCCCCUCAGAACCCCGGCCCCUGUUUGACUUCACAGUGAUGUCUUACAACAUCCUGGCCCAGGACCUGCUGGAGGCCAACCAGGAGCUGUACACACACUGCCCUCUAGGGGUGUUGAGCUGGGACUACCGCUUCCCAAACCUCACACAGGAGUUCAAGAAAUGGGAACCGGAUAUCCUGUGUCUGCAAGAGGUCCAGGAGAACCACUUUACAGAGCAACUCCAUCCUGUCCUUCGUGACAUGGGCUACACCUGUGUUUACAAGCGGCGCACCGGCACCAAGACUGACGGCUGUGUGAUUUGUUACCGCGGCGACCGUUUCUCCCAGGUGUCAGAGAGUCUGCUGGAGUUCUACAGGCCAGAGUGUGAGCUGCUGGACCGAGACAACGUGGGCAUUGUCCUGCUGCUCCAGCCAAUUAUCACACAGGGGUCAGAAGUCACUGCCAAGGGCCCACCCCUCUGUGUGGCAACCACCCACCUCCUGUUCAACACCAGGAGGGGUGACGUGAAGCUGACCCAGCUUGCAAUGCUGCUGGCAGAGAUCGACUACAUCGUGAGGAACUGCAAGGUGAAGGGAGAGCACUGCAAUGUUGUUCUAUGUGGAGACUUCAAUGCUCUGCCCAACAUGCCUCUGUACCAACUGAUCACGACAAGACAGCUUUACUAUCAUGGUCUACCUGCCUGGAUGAUAUCAGGUCAAGAGGAUCUGUCCUACAACGUCCAUCAUAGGAGGGUAUUCGCUCCCCUUUGGCCAAGCACCGUGGGCAUCGAUGACAACUGCCAGUACACAACUGUAAAUGAGCCAAAGAGUCAAAUCACGUCAACCCAGAGUCCAGAAUGGAACCUGCAGUACAACCAUGGCUUCCUGCGGCGGCUGCGUUUCUGUGAGGCUGCCUGUGUCCGGCCACAGGACUUGGAGCUCAUCCCAGGGGUCACUGACAACACACCUGAUCCUGAGGACAAGCAUCCUUCUACAACAAGGUUCAGACAGACUAUCUCCCAUUACCUGAACCUGCGGUCAGCCUACGGCCACUUCAUCCCUGGAACAGACCGUGCUGAGGUGACCACGCUGCACUCCGAGGUUGGAGCUACAGUCGACUACAUCUUCUACUCUCCAAGGCGUGGCAUUUCUGGUGCUGAUCAGAAAGGUGGAGGUCAACGGCAGAGCCAAGGUCUGAAGCUGCUUGGUCGUCUCUCCCUCCUACCAGAGGAGGACCUCUGGUCAAUGAACGGUUUACCCAAUGAAAUGUUCCCCUCUGACCACCUCAGUCUCCUGGCCAAGUUCCAGCUGGACCUGAAUCCUGUGUGAUUUCGGCUGUCUAUGGUCAAUGAAGAAUCAGGAGGACAGAGGUCAAGCAUUUAAACAUUUUUGUUCAAACCUUACAUGAUUUGCCCAUGGCACAAUUCCAUGUUUUAAAAGUGAAUACUUACUUGGUCCCUAGGGCUCACAAAGAGUUUUGAGUCCCAUCUAAUACUCUGCUUGUUUCCUACCUGAAGAAAAACUACUCAGCCCAAUUUCCAGAAGAGAUGGGAUGUCCUCUGAAUUAUAUUUGUUUACAUGUAUAGAGAGAAAAAUAACCAAAAAGGUUAGAUUCAGUUAGUUGGAGUUUAUUUGACAAAUGCUCUUACUGUUAAGAUAUGAAUACAAGAAGCUUUUAGAUUUAGAAGUUUAUGGGGAUUUUGUUUACUCAGUUUGUUCACAAUCUGCUACACUAGUAAAUUGGAACAUUUGUCUUAAAACAUUUACAAACUGUGAAAUAAUUGAAUGUCAGUUUUCUAUUUAUUUAGCUGUUUUCCCCCCUAUCCUCUGGCUUUGGUCCAGUCAGUAUUAUUUGUUCAAGUGGUAGAAAUCUUAAAUAAAUCUAACAAUAGCUUGGCAGUCUAAUUAGGGUGAUCUACAUCAUCUUUGGGUGUUAAAAUUGUGACCUGAAUGUUGGCAGUGCCACACUGAGAUGGAAGCUCUCUCGCUCUACUGAGGCACUCUGUCAAGGAGAAGAUGAGUGUGGCUGGCUGAGGCAUGAAUCAAUUAUUCAUUCAGGUUGCAGGGAGGGAGCGUUCAUGCAUGCUAGGGCACUGUCGGGGCUUCUGUCUGUCUGUGUGUGUGCACUGCAGUCUAGACCAGGGUUUUCCCAACUCAGUCCUACGACUCCCACUGGGUGCACGUUUUUGUUUUUGCCCUAGCAAUACAUAGCCGAUUCAAAUCAUCAAAAUUUGAGUUGGUUAUUUGAAUCAGCUGUGUAGUGCUUGGGCAAAACCAAAAGGUACACCGGGCAGGGGGGUUCCCAGGACUGAGUUUGGGAAAGCCUGGUCUAGAGGAACAGCCAACAGACUCCUGUCAACACUAAGACCUCUAGUUAUAGCUCACUGGAAUGACACAAAUGUCAAGGUCUGACACUUCAUUUAGUCUAACUACAAUAAAUCAGGUGUUCUCUCUCA